AUGUCCUUGGUCCCUUCAGCCCCUCAGUUCGCAGCGGGGAUUGGGCCGGCCAGAUGCUCAUUUGCAUUCCUCGGCGCAUCCUUGUUGACAUGGUGGGCCAAUCUUAGCCUGACCACCUUUAGUGCGGCGGCAGCGGAUACACGGAUGCUCCAAUCACACCUCAUAAAGUCGCCCAAAGGAUCGACUGAUGUAGAAAACACCUUCAUCACACAUGAUGCUUGGCUGGGUGCCGAGCAACCACACCAAUGCCGCUACUCCCAGCCACCAAUAGUGGUGCGAGGGUGGGCACUUCGUCUUGGCUCUCGAGAUGGGGGAACGCGAAUCAAAUUGACUAGUUGA